GUGAGACUUGACUGCAUUCAUUCCUCAAGUGCUCUUUUACGGAGCUUGGACUAGUGGGUUCCAGCCAACGUUCCGUGUUCCAGCCAUUGGUUUCAGCCCUGCUGUGAUCAUGGCAAGGACACACGCUCUUUUAGGGGCUGUCAUUGUAGCAUCUUGUUUCCUCCUCAGUGCAGCGCAAAGUACAGUGUGCACACAGCAGACCGUGGCCGACAUCGUCUUCCUGGUCGAUGGGUCCUAUAGUAUCGGAAACGUGAACUUCCAGCGCAUGCGGGACUUCCUCCACAAACUGGUCGACAGCUUCGACGUCGUCGACCCCGAUCACGUCCGCAUCGGCCUGGCGCAGUACAGCAGCACGCCGCGCACGGAGUUCAAGCUGAACACCUUCCGGGACAAGCAGACGAUCCUGGACUACAUCGACAGCCUGCCGUACAUGGGCGGCGGCACCAUGACCGGCCUGGGGCUGGACUUUGUCUUGAAGAACCACUUCACGGAGGCCGCCGGUAGCCGAGCCGCGGAGGACGUGCCGCAGAUCGCCGUCGUCAUCACGGACGGCCAGUCGCAGGACAACGUGGAGUCGCUCGCCAGGGAGCUGCGGAGCCAGGGCAUCACCAUCUACGCCAUCGGCAUCAAGGACGCGGACGAGGAGCAGCUGAAGGAGAUCGCCAGCGAGCCGCACCACCAGCACAUCUACAGCGUGUCGGACUUCAGCGCGCUCGACGGCAUCUCCCAGAGCGUCGUCAAGGAGCUCUGCGAGGUCAAGCGGCAGGUCACGACCGUCUCACACGACUGCCACAAAGCGACGGAGGCAGACAUUGUGUUUCUGGUGGAUGGGUCCGGCAGCAUCGCCGAGGCGGGAUUCGACCAGAUGAAGCAGUUCCUCCGCACCUUCGUGAGCGGGAUGACGGUGGCGCAAGACAAGGUGCGCAUUGGCCUGGCGCAGUUUACCGACGACACCUAUGAGGAGUUCCUGCUGAAGGACCACGACAACAGCCGAGACGUCCUGGACGAGAUCGACAGGCUGCCGUACCGCAAGGGGGGCACAUACCUGGGCAAGGGGCUGGCCUUCCUCCAGACCAGGUUCUUCACCCCCGAGGGCGGGAGUCGCCCCAACGUCCCGAAAAUCGCCAUAGUGAUCACGGACGGAGCGUCCUCGGAUCCGGUGGAGCAGCCUGCGAGGGAUCUGCGGAGGGAGGGCGUCAUCAUCUACGGCAUCGGUGUGGGCAACUUCGACAGAGUCCAGCUCGCAUCCGUGGCCAACACGCCCGCCGAACGCUUCCUCGUCAGCAUAAACAACUAUCAGGAAUUAACUAACGUCAUGGACAGGAUGCAGAAAACUGUUUGCUCUCACGUAGGGAUCCAAACUGAAGCUCUGGCUCCAACGUUUGCUGAUGUGUUCUUCCUGUUGGAUGGUGCUGCGGGGACCCAGCUCCAGAUCAUUAAACAGGUUCUGACCCGACUGGCCAACCAGCUCAACGUCAACAUCAACGGCAUUCGCAUGGGAGUGGCCCAGUACGGAGACAACGUCAAAAUGGAGUUCAGGCUGGACCAGUACAACACAAAAGCAGAAGUGGUGGAGCAUAUAAGGCGAAUUCGAUUGACUGCAGGUAGCUUGCGCAACACCGGACAGGCCCUGAAAUACGCCCGGCACCACUUCUUCACUUUGGCCAACGGAGCGCGGGGCUACAAGAAGUACUUGGUGCUCAUCACGGCCAGCAAAUCCGACGACAACGUCAUAAAAGCUUCACGACUUCUCAAAGAACAAGACGUGACUCUUCUCACUGUCGGCCUGGGCGGAGCCGACCAAACAGAGCUUGAAAGCAUGACCAUACAGACCAACGUCCUCUUCAGACUAUCCAGCCAACAGAUAGUGCAGGAUAUCCGAGCCGUCGUCGAAGCUGAUGAAGGCAUUAAACACACAACUGAGUGUACGAAUGCCAAAGUUGCCGACAUCGUGUUCAUCGUGGAUCAAUCGAGCAGCAUCAACCACGCGAGCGUUACGAACUUCCAACUGAUGCGCACGUUCAUUUCCAGGAUUGUCAAGGAGAUGACGGUCAGUGCGAAGGGUGUGCGAGUGGGCCUCCUGCUGUACAGCAGCCGUCCCCAGGUCGAGUUCCACCUGAACACGUACGACAACAAACCCGACGUCCUGCAACACAUCAAGCGGCUGCCGUACGAAGGCGGCGACACCUACACCGGAGCCGCGCUGAAGUACGCAAAGGAAAACAUGUUCACUAAGCAAAGAGGCAGCCGGCGCGACAGCGGCGUGCAGCAGAUCGCUAUGGUGAUUACAGACGGCGAGGCUACUGACACUAGCAUAGUCAACGGCACGGCCAGGGAGCUACGUCAGGCGGGAGUCAACGUCUACGCUCUGGGCAUCAAAAAUGCCAACAUGAAGGAACUAAGACAAAUUGCUUCCCAUCCAUACACAAACUACGUUUUCACCAUUGACGAUUUUGUUAAACUGAACUCGUUGGACAAGACCAUCACAAAACGCAUUUGCCGUGAAAUCAUCACAAAACCCCCCGAAAAAACUAAGAAACAAGACUGUGUCCACACGGAGGAGGCGGAUUUCUACUUUCUGAUUGACCAUUCGUCCAGUAUUGUGUAUGAAGAUUUCGGCAAAAUGAAAGACUUUGUCAAGGAGUUUAUCCAGUUGUUCCGCAUAGGACCACAUCAGGUACGCGUCGGCCUGGCAAAGUUCUCCUCAGAUCCAAACAUGGAAUUCACCCUGGAAGAGCACAAAGACAAGAAGUCUUUGGAAAGCGCCGUGAAAAACAUCAAACAGGCUGGUGGGGACACCUACAUCGGAAAAGCUUUGAAGUUUAUGGGCCCGUAUUUUGAGAAAGCUAAGACCCGGGAUGUGCCAAGGUACCUGAUUGUAAUUACUGAUGGGGAGGCUCAUGACCCGGACGACAUCCCCGUGUAUGCGGAACAGCUACGCAACCAGGGGAUCACCACCUACGCCAUUGGCGUGAGAGGGGCUAUAGAGGACGAACUGGUGAAAAUCUGUGGUGACCCCAAGAGGAAGUUCUUUGUUAACGAUUUUGAUGCCCUUCAACCAAUCAAAAAUGAAAUUGUAACAGACAUUUGCUCUGAAUCAGCCUGCAAGGAAAUGCUGGCGGACGUCAUAUUUUUGGUGGACAGCUCUGGCAGUAUUGAUCCAGAAGACUUCCUCCAUGUGAAGGCCUUCAUUAACAACACCAUUCAGAAGUCGGUCAUCGGGCCUAACGCGGUGAGAGUGGGUCUUCUGCAGUACAGCACGCAGCAGAGGGAGGAGUUCUCUCUGGGCAGCCAACAGACCAUGACUGACCUGGUCCUCAAAGUCAACGCCAUGAGGCAACUGGGUGGCGGGACUUUGACUGGCAAAGCGCUCACCUUCACCUCCCAAUACUUCGAUGCGAUAAAGGGCAGUCGUCCGAAUGUUCCCAAGAUCCUCAUCGUCAUAACUGAUGGAGCGUCACAGGAUGCGGUUGCCAUGCCGGCUCGUUUCCUAAGGGACAACAACGUGAUCAUCUACUCGAUUGGUGUGGGCGGGGCCAAUUACACCCAGCUGGUUGAAAUGAGUGGCAUUCAAGACAGAGUGAUGCUCGAGACAGACUUUGACACCCUCCAUACUUUGGAGAACGAUAUUUUACUUAAGAUCUGUAAACCUGAAUCAAAUUGCACAUCUACAGAGCAGGCUGACAUGAUCUUCAUGGUUGACGGCUCCAGUAGCAUAACGCCAAACCAAUACGACAGCAUGAAGCGCUUCAUGUCCUCUCUGGUGAACACCACUCAUGUCGGCAGGGACCACGUCAGAUUCGGCGCCAUUAUAUACUCCGAUAAACCCAAGGCUGUGUUCACUCUGGACGACUACACAACACCAAAGGAAGUCAGAAGUGCCAUCGCGAACCUCGAACAGCCAGGCGGCAACACGUUCACGGGAGAGGGCCUUACUUUCGCGCGGCAGUACUUUGACCAACAGUACGGUGGCCGACGAGAGAGGAACGUAACUCAGAUCCUCUUUGUCAUCACCGAUGGGCAAGCCUCCGAUCACAUCGUGUUGCCGGUGGCAGCGAGGGCCAUCCUGGAGCAGGGCAUCAUGAUUUAUGGCAUCGGGGUGAAGGGGGCGGACGUCCAGGAGCUCGAGGACAUGACGAAGGACAAGAGAAGGGUGUUUUUCGUAAAUGAUUACGAGGCUCUGGAAGGCCUGCAUAAGAAUAUCUCCGAAGAGCUUUGUAAAGAUGUCAAACCAGUGUGUGAAAAAACGCAGGCCGACCUGGUGAUGUUGAUGGACAGCUCGGGCACCAUCAGCGAGGAGGACUUUGUCCUGAUGAAGUCCUUCAUGAAGGGCCUGGUCAGCAGCUUCGUCAUCAGCCCUGACGUGGUGCAGGUGGCCCUGGCCCAGUUCAGCUCCUACCCCAAGAAGGAGUUCCACCUCAACGAAGUGGACAGCGAGGAGACCGCAAAGGAAAGGAUCGACGCCCUCGAUCAGAUCAAACAGGGCACGAAAAUUGGACAAGCCCUGGAGUUCACGCGGAAAAGAUUCUUCCGGGCAGAUUACGGCAGCCGAAUGAAAGCCGGCGUCUCGCAGAACCUUGUGGUGAUCACAGACGGCGAGUCAACGGACGACGUGGAAGAGGAGGCCAGGCUGCUGAGGGAUAUGGGUGUGCAGGUGUUCGUCAUCGGCGUGGGGAAGAUCCACAAGGACGAGCUGAUUCAGAUCGCUGGUGGGGUGGACAACGUCUUUAUCGUGAACGACUUCGGAAUCCUGGAGCAGAUGAAGUCAAGAGUCGUGAAAAGUAUUUGCACUUUACCUCAAAAACAAAAGAGUGAAUGUGAGGUGGACAUUGCAAUUGGAUUUGAUAUCUCCAGCCGUCCUCAAGCCGCAGUAUUCGACACCCAAGUGAAACUGAGGAACUACCUGCCGGAGAUAGUUAGACGCAUGUCUUACCUGACCAGCCUGUGCUGCUCUCGUGGGACUGCCGUCCAUCCUCAAAUCAGCUUCCGCCUAGUGGCUCAGGAUGGCAGUGUCCUGGAGGACUUGGACAUAAUACAUCAUGAAGGCGCGCCGUUUAAUGAAGAUGUAGUCAGGAAAGUGCUGGCGUGGUCUACAGACAAACAGAUUGCAUUCAACGCGGAUCUGAUGAGGUCCUUGCGACAAAAACUGAGCGGUGCAGCGAGUGAACAUGUGAAGGUGGCGAUUGUCUUCACUGAUGGGCUCGACGCACCGAUCGAAACGCUGAUGGUGGAGGCUGAAAAUAUGAGGAGAGACAAUAUCCAUGCUCUCCUGAUGGUGUCCCUGGAGGGAGCCUCCAAUGCCCACGACCUCCAGCUGAUCGAGUUUGGACGCGGGUUCGGCUACAAGCAGCCUCUGGCCAUCGGCAUGCAGAAUGUGGAGGGAGCCCUACUGAAACAAAUAGAUACGGCGGCGGAGAGGGAGUGCUGUGGUGUGCUGUGUAAGUGUACUGGCCAAGACGGCAUGCGAGGACCAAGAGGACCACCUGGGACAAAGGGUCCCCCCGGGGCGAAGGGCCAUGCAGGGUACCCAGGAGAAGAGGGCGGCCCGGGCGAGCGGGGCCCGCCAGGCCCGAACGGCGUUCAGGGAGUGCAAGGCUGCCCAGGGAGAAGAGGGCUGAAGGGUGGAAGAGGCUACAGAGGUGACACUGGUGAGGAUGGAGAACAUGGUCUGGAUGGAGUUCAUGGGGAACAGGGUGCCACAGGUGCAGCUGGUGUCGCGGGAGACAGAGGAGAUGCUGGAAACCCUGGCCGGCCCGGUAUCCGAGGAGACCCUGGCGUUAAGGGUCAGCGUGGAAUCAGAGGGGAUCCGGGAGAGCCUGGCUUUGACAACACAGUAGCUGGGUCCAAAGGAGACUCUGGGAACAGAGGAAUGCAGGGAGAAUCGGGGCCGGACGGUGUGCCAGGAAGUAAAGGAGACGAUGGCAACCCGGGCCCUCAAGGUCGAAGAGGACCACCAGGCACUAAGGGCUCUCCUGGAGUUCCGGGAGACAUCGGUGUUCCAGGCACUCCAGGCCCAGCAGGACCCCAGGGUACCAGAGGGCCUGUUGGACAGAAGGGACCAGACGGAAAUAUUGGCUUACCUGGACCUCAGGGUCCUCCAGGACUAACUGGCCCCAAAGGAUCCAGAGGCGGCGCUGGCCAGAAGGGGCAGAAGGGGCAACAAGGAGUGCCAGGGGACAAAGGAGCUUUAGGAGCAGUGGGCACAAGAGGACCUCCGGGACUAGAUGGUCGAGAUGGCUAUGGCCCUCGUGGACCCGCUGGAGUUAAGGGAGAACGCGGUUUCCCAGGACACCCGGGACUACAGGGAGAGGAUGGUCCUAAGGGUAGCGCUGGAGGUCCCGGGGCCAAAGGAAACAGAGGACGCGGGGGUAACGCUGGUAACAGCGGCCCACCAGGUGACCCCGGCAGCAGAGGACCCUCUGGACACAGGGGCCCCAGAGGACUACCAGGCCCUAGAGCAAUGACCGACUGUGAAUUAGUGAACUACGUGCGGGACAACUGCGCCUGCACCUCAGGUCAUAUCGAGUGUCCGGCGUACCCAACUGAGCUGGUCAUAGCGCUGGACAUGUCUCAGGACAUGACCCCUGAGGCGUUUGAAAACAUGCGUGCCGUCGCAAAGAACUUGCUGGAGGACGUGGCCAUCGCUGAAAGCAACUGCCCCAGGGGUGCGCGGGUGGCUGUCGUGUCCUUCAGCUCCAGCGUCAAGUACCUCGUUCGGUUCUCCGACUACCACCAGAAGAAACAUCUCCUCACAGAGAUCGACAACAUUGCCCUCGAGCGCACAUCCAAUGGCCGCAACACAGGUGCUGCCAUGCGCUUCGUGGCCAGGCACGUCUUCAAACGCACCAGGAAGGGUUUGAUGAUGAGGAAGGUGGCCAUCUUCAUCACCAACGGGGCGUCACAGGAUGUCAAGUCCAUCAACACCGGAAUCCUGGAGCUGAAAGCCAACGACAUUCACACCGCUGUCGUUGGCUUCAAGAACGUUCCCAACAUCAUGGAAGCAUUAGAGGCUGACGAAUCCAGAAGCUUUAUCGUGAAACUGGUUGAAAGUGCUCAAGACAUGAGACCGCAGCUGAGAGAGAUCCAAAGCUGUAUAAUAUGCUACGACCCUUGCAAGGCUGACUCGGUGUGCUCCGAUAGGAACAAGACUCCAGCGCCUGUGGAGGUCAACAUGGACCUGGCUGUGCUGGUGGACGGCUCCCGCAGCGUCCAAGCAGACCAGUACGCCGGCGUUAAGGAGCUCCUGGGUUCAGUGGUAGAGCAGAUCGCCUUGAGCAGCCAGCCGUCCAAGUCUGAUAGGCGGGCCAGAAUCGCCCUCUACCAACAAGUUUCCGGCUCAUACGCGCCCACAGAAGGACAGAUGCCUGUCCAACAGGAGUUCGACUUCAUGGCGUACCAGAACAGCGAUGCGAUGAAGAGUCACAUUUUCCAGAGCAUGCAGCAGCUCGGUGGGUCCUCGGGGUUGGGAUACGCACUGGAGUGGGUCAUCACCAGAGGUCUCCUGACCGCCGCAAAGCCACGGCAGAACAAAAUGGUUCUGGUCGUCGUCGGUGGGGAAACAAGCUAUUGGGAUAGAGCACGGCUGGAAUUCGCCUCCAGGUUAGCAAGGUGUCAGGGCGUGGUGGUGUUCACGCUGACUGUAGGCGACCACUUCAACAGCACACAGGUGGAGGAACUUGCUAGCCUUCCCUUGGAGCAACAUCUGGUCCACUUGGGAGACGUGAAGCAACAGGAGCAGGAUUAUGCCAAGCGCUUCAUACACACGUUCUUGGCCUUCGUCAAGAAGGGAGUGAACACAUACCCUCCGUCUACCAUGAAGCAGGCGUGUCGGGACUUCCAGCAGCAGCAGCAGUCCAACUUGGGCGUCCUGGAAGCAGCGGAGCGGCACGUGGACAGUGUUACAUGGGCAACAUCCGGCUUUGAAGAGACGGUGGAUGGGACUUUUGAGGAGCAGGAAGAGGAAGAGGAGUACUUGGAACAGACGGGGCUUGACCAGCCAGGGGAAGCUCAGACGGGACAUGGGGUCCAACACAGCAUCGGCCGCGGAGACGCAGACGCUGUUCAGUGCGAUCUGAGUAUGGACGCUGGCCGGUUCUGUGAAAAGUAUGAGCAGAAGUGGUUUUAUAACACAGAACUCGGUGCAUGCUCGCCCUUCUGGUAUGGCGGUUGCGACGGUAACAGCAAUCGCUUUAACUCGGAAACCGAAUGCUUCCAGACAUGCGUUGCGCACAAGCUAGACGUGCUGCCGCAGAAAGAGGAUCCGGCGGUAGUGCAAGACGUGUGCUCCCUAAAGCAGGACGAGGGCUCCUGUCGGGACUUCAAGCUCAUGUGGUACCACGACACCGUGCAGAACGAGUGCCGGCAGUUCUGGUACGGAGGCUGCGGCGGCAACGGCAACCGCUUCCCGACCAGAACCGAGUGCGAGGCGCAGUGCCUGAGGAUACGCUGAGGACUUGUCAACAAGCGCUCGCUUUGAGGAGCCAAACCAAAGAGGAAACAAUAUGAAGAGCUCUUUUCCAAAACGCUACAUCCACCAUUUUUGACUUUUUGCAUUUUAAUAUUGGAAUUGACAGUUAAGAAGUCCCAUAAUCUAUAUGUGAAUUCUUGCCAUUCAAAUGUUUUCAGAACAUACUUUUUUAAACCUCUAUGAAAUGCAUUUUGCAAUGCAAUUCAAUGGAAAGCCCAAUAGAAAAAUGUCAAUUUCCCAACAUUCUAUAAACUGGAUAUAUCUCAUUUUGGAAAAGAGCUCUUCAAAUGCUUUUUGUUGUAGAGCUUAUCCAGAGACCCACACCAUUGGUACUGUGCCAAGAGUGUGGGUAGAAUUUUUUCUAGUCUUUUUUUGAUUUGUUGCCAUUUUAGUGAAUUAUUUCCUGGGACCAUGGGACAUUGGGUUGGCUGAUAAGCCAGUAUGAGGUAAAUAUGUUUUCACAUGUGAGCUGGCGAAAACCUUGAAAAAUAGAUUGUCUUUGUUUUUUUUUUCAUCACAAACAAUUUGUUACCCACACCAGCCUAUAGUACGAUUGUGGGGUACACAGGGGCGCUGCCAGAAAUGUUGGGCCCCAUGAAAGAUUUGAAUUUUGGACCCCCUUAAGGGCCCCUCUCAGUGCUUGGGCCCUCUUAAGGGCCCCUAUCAGUGCUUGGGCCCUUAGAAUCUGUACCACUUCCCCCCCCUAGCGGCCCCCAUGGGGGUACUAUAAGCCAUAGGAAAACAAAAUCAGCAGUAAAUGUCAUAUAACCUCUGCAUUAGACUUACCCUCCUGAAAAGUGUCCUGUAGUUAAAACAACAAUGGCAUAUUUGUAUCAAAGUGUCCACUGUUCAUGAAAGUGUGAAAGUGUUAAGCAGACAAUUGCAGCAAGGCAUUGCAAAGAUGUUCUAGGUGCUUGGGGCGCAAUGCCUCAUGGGUAAUUCCAUUAACUGCUUUGUUGUUUGCGACGCAAUUCCCCAUUAGGAACUAACCUAAGUUGCUAACUAGCUAGCAGCUACACUUUCGAGAAACCCACACCCCAUAUUAGGAUUUAACUGUGACAAGGAUUCGGAUUCUAUAAUGGCAGUGCAACAAAAGGGGCGAUACACUACUGACUGCCUUAGUCCAAGUUGCAUUUAUCCUUUAGUUCAUUACAUGGAAAAAGAGUUGGUGAAGUUCAUUAUUACUUUUAAGUGAUACCGUACCAUUUCUGGAAAUAAGAUGAUUUUUUUGCCUUCCCUGGAGUUAAAUGAAAUGAUUAACGAUAGGGACACGUAGACGUGAAUUUGGCCAAGCAGCGCGAACUUCACCAUUCAUUAGUAUGAGGGAGGUAAUAUUUGUAAUGUAAUAUUAUGCAAAUGAGUAGGGAAUUUCGCCUGUGGCGGCCAAUCAAAUCAACAACAUAAACGUUUCAUACCAUUUGCUUCGCCGUGGCGACCUGAUGACAGUUGAGCUGUCAGAAUGGAACACUGAAUUUUGCCUCUCUUCGCCUCGCUCGUUUCGCCUGCUAUAUGUCCCUAUCGUUAGAGUUACCUUCCUCCUGUUCUCCAUCCUCUCUCUUAGUCUGGUAAUGCAAACUCUACAUAACACAUCAUUUCUAUAUAUAGCUAGCUGCUAGUUGGUCUCAUAGGUCCAAAUGCUAAUAGCUAGCUUGGAGCUAGAGGUAACAUAAGAUCAUCAGACCGAGGGAACAGGAGAAAGAUACAUCUCAAGUAUUCAACUCUAAGGGAGGUGUAAAAUGUCCAGAAAUAGUGCGGCUUCACUUUAAGGUCCUGGUCGUUUUUCAAGUUGAUAAUUGAAUGAAAAGCUUGUUUAGGGUCAUGGGUUUUUGGGGAUGGGGAGAGAUGAUUAGCCACAGGAGGGGGUGUCUUAAAAACGUCAACUGAAUGUACUGUACUUCCUCAACAUUUUCACUGUCCUUUGUCUUUUUGUUUCUGACAUUGUCAUUCGGUGCUGACUGUUUCAUUUGGCUUAUGUUUGCGGCCACUUCAAAUUUAUAAAAUGCACUUUUCUUGUUUUUUUUUGUUAAGCUGCAUUUCUGUAAUGAUGUAGCUGUACCAAACAAUUCGGCCUAAAGCACUAAUGGUAAAGAUUUUUAUUUUUUUUGCAAACCGGGCCAUGCUCCUGACAAAUUCACAAUGACAGUGUGUUAUAAUAAUGUACUGCAUUUAGUAAGUAUUAUGGGUACGUGAAAAGAGUGAAAAUGUGUUAUGUCAGUAAAAGCUGUUUCACAAUGAA